AUGGAUUACUCAUACGAUAAUGUUGUUCCAAGCUUUAGAUUAGAUGGUAGAUUAGCCAUUUUGACCGGUGGAUCUGGAGGAUUGGCUGCGGUAGUAUCCAGAGCAUUGUUGGCACAAGGAGCUCAAGUUGCUUUACUUGACAUGAAUUUGGAAAGAACCAAAGCCGCUGCAAAGGAAUUGGAAACAUGGGGACAAGAAAACUUAAAGGGUAGUCAUGAAAGCCCAAUAGGUGCUGUCUCAGCUUGGUCUUGUAACAUUGGAGAAUUUGAGCAAGUUGAAGAGUGCUUCAAGAAUAUUAAUGAACACCACGGUACCGUGGCUGAUUUGUUGAUUAAUACUGCAGGUUACUGUGAAAACUUCCCUGCCGAAGAAUACCCAUCUGCCAAUGCUGAAGGUAUUAUGAAGGUCAAUGGAUUGGGAGCUUUUUACGUGUCUCAAGCAUUUGCCCGUCCAUUGAUUAGCAGUAACAAAAAGGGUUCUAUCAUUUUGGUAGGAUCGAUGUCAGGUACUAUUGUAAACGACCCACAACCACAAUGUAUGUACAAUAUGUCCAAAGCCGGUGUUAUUCACUUGACCAGAUCAUUGGCUUGUGAAUGGGCCAAAUACAACAUCAGAGUCAACACAUUGAGUCCAGGAUACAUCUUAACCCCAUUGACAAGAAAUGUCAUUUCUGGUCAUUCCGACAUGAAAGAAGCAUGGGAAUCAAAGGUUCCAAUGAAGAGAAUGGCCGAACCAAAAGAGUUUGUUGGUUCGAUCUUGUACUUGGCCAGUGAGUCUGCUUCUAGUUACACUACAGGUCACAACUUAGUUGUUGACGGUGGUUACGAAUGCUGGUAG